AUGCGACGCGAUGAACUACUGCGAACUGUCGGGAAGGAAGGGACGAUUGUGCAAGAACAGAGGCACAUGAGCGAAAAGUAUUUGCGUAUAAUUUCAGAGAAGGCAGGUCCGACAAGAGCGUGUGGACUCAUGUUCGAAGACAAAGCAAACAUGCACCACGUUUGCAUCGCACAUAUGACGAUUUCCGGAGGUCCAGGAUACCAGAAGAACUGA